GGGCUCCCACCAAAAUCGCCCUUGACGGCUUCUUUCCACAUUUGCUCUCCAUCGUGUAGCCGAGGAGAAAAAGUCAGCGCCGCUGGAUCGUCUCUCGCCGAGCCCCCUUUCCGACCUCCUCCUUCCGUUGGUCAACGCCUCCGUCUCGCUUUCCACGCGGGGAGCAUGGGCUUAAUAAGCGGAGCUCGAGCUCGGAAUCCCGAGGAAGUGUAUCUGAGCCAUGUGGUUGCUGUCGCUGGGGAUGGCUGAUGACGACUGGGAUCUGGGCGCGGUAGUGCGGAGCUGCCGGCCGUCGGGGACGAAGGCCGCGCCGAUGGUGCCGCUCGAGGUGGAGCUGCAGGAGGCAGCUGCGGUGGGAGCUGAUAAAGGUGCCUCCUUUGUGGGUUUCCAGCGUCUGUUCCUCGGCCGGGAUGGCCUUAAAGAGCUGGAGGAGCUUUACGAGCCCUGCUUCCCCCAAGUCCAGCAACAGCAACAGUCGAGGUGGAGUCCGUCUCCUUCCCUUGCCGACGCUGCUGCGAGACCGUCCAAGGAUGCUCACCGACCUCUUUCCCAGACUCCACGCUCCAAACGACGGAAGAAGCAGCAGCAGAAAGUGGCGUGCCACGUCCCGUCAGACGGGCUCUCCUCCGAUGCGUGGGCGUGGCGGAAGUACGGCCAGAAACCCAUCAAAGGCUCUCCUUAUCCUCGGGGAUACUACAGGUGUAGCAGCUCAAAGGCUUGCCUCGCCCGCAAGCAGGUGGAGCGCAGCCGGGCGGACCCGGCCAUGUUCAUCAUCACCUACACCGCGGAGCACAACCACCCGGUGCCCACCCACCGCAACGCCCUCGCCGGCAGCACCCGCCACAAGUUCCCUUCCCCUUCCCGCGGAGUUGGCCACCCUGCCCCCGGCAACCCAUCCUCCAGCCCUCCGUCCUCCUCCGCUGCGGCGGGUCUCUCCCCCACGACCCCCCUCACGGCCUCCAUGGAGGACGAGCUCCUCCAGAAGUGGCCGCAUGAGAAGGAGGACGAGGACGAGGAGGAGGACGAAGACGAGGGAAUCCUACUGGUGAAGGACAUGGAGAUCAUGGGCGGGGACGACCUGCUCUUCAUGGGCGCCGCCGCUCCCACUGCGGCUGCCGAGGCGGGGGAGUUCGAUUGUGGGGACCUGGGAGACCAGUAGUUCCUUCAGCCGCGGUGACUUCCUAACAGAAACAACACGGCGAAGGCAGCCGGUGGGAGCUGAUGCCUCCUCCGCUGUCCGUCCUAUAGGCCGCACAGAGCAGACAGGAGAGGAAAGGGAGAAAGACGGCAUCAUAUCUCCACAGUUUUCCUUUUUCGUACACUGUACAGAGAAAUUUAUUAGGAAAGAAUUAUUCACACGCAAUCUUCUCUCCAUUUUUCUUUCUCUAUUCAUUAUGUAAUAUGAGUUGUAAGAUUUUUGUAUUUUUCAAUUAAUUUAGAUUUUUUUUUGCAAUACUCAAUCAAAUAUGUAAAUUUUGAAUUAAUAAUAAUAGCGACCUGAAUAAGUUUGAUAUCA